AUGCGCUUAAAACGUAUUGUGAAAGAAAACCAUGGACAAGACAUUAAUCAAAUGGCAUUUUUCUUUAACAAUAAGAAUUUUGCUGGUCCUGUCGGUUUGGAUGUCAACAAAACUUUUGAUAAACGUGGGGCGGUACAACGAGAACAACAUGAUACAAGCAACGUUGUUGGUACAGUUGGAGGAGCACAGAUGAACGUCUAUGAUAAUGAACAUUGUGGUGAUCACUUGGAUAUCAUGUCAAACUUUAACUUGGCAAGUACUUUGAAUGCGGAUGAAGAACCCAACAAGAAAUUCUUACAUACCUUUUGUUGGAUCUAUCAAGAAGACGAUGCGGUGGUAGCUACCGGUGGUAUGGAUGGUGAUAUUCAUAUUCUUAGUAUCGCCAAUUCUAAGGAAAUUGCCAUAUUGAAAGGUCACACAAAACGGAUUCUAGAUUUACAAAGUCAUCCUAAAAAUGACAAGUAUAUCUUCUCGGUCAGCAAAGAUGGAACAAUGCGAUUAUGGGAUUUAGAAACUCAAAAAUGCAUCAUUAUGUUUGAAUACGAAUGCAAUGUGGCUUGUUUCCAUCCUUCUGGUGAAACAUUUAUUACUGGUACUACAAAGGGUGAACUUCGUGAAUGGACCAUUCCUACUUUUAUUACCCCUAUGGAUGACGAUGAUGAUGGUAUUAUGGUGGUGGGUAAAAGCAACUCUAGAUUAUUGAAAAGAAUGCAUGGUGAAAGUACUAUAGGUAAUAUAUAUAUAUAUAUAUAA